AGGUGGCUCCCAAGAAGCAAGCCAAAGAUAAACACGUAGCCAGACGAAGAGGGGCGAGGAUAAUAAAUAUUAUAGAGAGGGUAGUGUGGAACGAUCGACAUGGAGUAGCUGGUAAGAAUAAAGAGAUUUUAGUAGGCAUCCGUAAAUUAACCAAGGAGCAAGGCUUCAGCAGACAUUGAGUCGUAUCUGUAGCGGCGUCCAAAAUGGUACGAGCAGCCUUGGUGACAGCCACCAGUCUGGCACUGACUGGGGCUGUGGUGGCACAUGCUUACUUGCUCAAACACCAGUUCUACCCAACUGUGGUCUACCUCACCAAGAGCAGCCCCAGCAUGGCGGUGUUGUACAUCCAGGCCUUUGUUUUGGUGUUUCUGCUGGGAAAGUUCAUGCGGAAGGUCUUUUUCGGACAGCUAAGGGCUGCAGAAAUGGAGCAUCUCAUCGAGCGCUCCUGGUACGCAGUGACAGAGACAUGCCUGGCAUUCACUGUGUUUAGGGAUGACUUCUCCCCUCGCUUUGUCGCCCUCUUCACCCUCCUGCUCUUCCUUAAGUGCUUCCACUGGCUGGCUGAGGACCGGGUGGACUUUAUGGAGCGGAGUCCAAACAUAUCUUGUAUUUUUCACUUGAGAGUAUUAUCUCUCAUGGGACUGCUGGCUGUCAUGGACUUCCUGUUUGUCAACCAUGCGUGUCACAGCAUCAUUACCCGAGGAGCCUCAGUCCAGCUUGUUUUUGGAUUUGAGUAUGCCAUCCUGCUGACCAUGGUGCUGACGACCUUCAUUAAGUACCUUCUGCACACUAUCGACCUGCAGAGUGAGAAUCCCUGGGACAACAAGGCCGUCUAUAUGCUCUACACUGAGCUCUUCACAGGUUUCAUCAAAGUGCUCCUGUACAUUGCCUUCAUGACCAUCAUGAUUAAGGUCCACACCUUCCCCCUGUUUGCCAUUCGCCCCAUGUAUCUGGCUAUGAGGCAGUUCAAGAAAGCUGUAACGGAUGCUAUAAUGUCUCGGAGAGCCAUCCGCAACAUGAAUACACUAUAUCCUGAUGCUACUCCUGAAGAUCUGCAGGCCUCUGACAAUGUCUGUAUCAUUUGUCGAGAGGAAAUGGUCACCGGAGCCAAGAAACUACCUUGUAAUCACAUUUUCCACUCCAGCUGCCUGCGCUCCUGGUUCCAGAGGCAGCAGACCUGCCCUACCUGUCGCAUGGACGUUCUGCGUGCAUCUAAUAACAAUCAGACUCCAGCCCCCGCUCAGGUCCCGCCCCCUGCUCCUGCAGCCCCCGCCAACGCCCCAGCAGCCCCACCUGCCAACGUAGCCCCAGGAAUGUUACCUGGGUUCCCUCCUGGCAUCUUCCCCUUCUGGGGGCCCUUCCCUGCAGUGCCUCCUCCUGCUGCACCAGCUGCAGCUCCUGGUGCUAGUGAUGCACCACGAAGCAGCACAGAGGCCACACAGGCAGCUGGUACCAGCCAGCCCACCUCAUCAACUACAGACGCUGCUGCAGCUGCUGCAGCUGCUGCUGCUGCUGCUGCUCCGGGAUCAGCAAUCCCGGGCUUCCCCUUCUCCUUCCCCCCUCCUCCCUUCCCCACUGCCCCAUGGCUCCCCAUGCCACCUCCUCCUCCAUUUGUGUCAUCAAUGCCUCCGCCUCCUCCGUCUCUGUCCCGGCUGUCAGAGGAGGAGCUGAGGGAGCUGGAGGCAGAAGGCCGAAGGGGCCUCGAGGCCAGGCUCCAGUGUCUCCAGAACAUCCACACCCUGCUGGACGCCGCCAUGCUCAACAUCCACCACUACCUCAGCACGGUGGCCACACUCAAUCCUCCUCGGGCUGGGGGCAGCGCUGGAGAAGCCAGUGGGACAAACAACGCUGCUUCAUCUCCUGCAGCUGGCGGCAGCACGGACAGUGCCAGCCAGGAGAAGGACUCUCCCAGCUCUGAGCGGGUCGAGGGAGCUACAGUCUCCUCUCAGCUACCUGACUCUACUUCUCCUGCCUUGGACACAGAAAGCAAAGAAAAGAUGGACGAAGGAGCGGUGUCUGUGGGGGACGAGGAUGGAGAACCCAACGCCGCAGAGCUGAGGCGCCGCCGCCUUCGCAAGCUAGAGACCGCAACAUCGUCGUCAGCAUCGUCCUCACCCCCUCCAGACAAUUGACCCGCGUUCUGACUCAGACAUAUUGCUCUGGACCAACAGGAACUCUGAGCUGAUUGACCGUUGCUUUGGGUCCUCAUUGCCUCUCGUCCUCGUGGCUCUCGCCUUCCACAGGCUCAGGUUUCUAACUGUGUCGAGUUGGACUCGCGCUACUGGGAGUCGCAAUGAUCUUUACCGCUUAUCUGGACUGUUUGUGUCAGAAAGCAAUAGCACGACUUUGUCUUUUGUUUUGCCCCCACACCCCCCCAAUGACUACUGCAAUAACGCAGCUGCAGGUUUGUAGGUGUAAUCAGGUGGAAAAAGGAAUUCAAAUCCAGUCAUUUUGGUCAACGUGAGAGAGACUUGAGAGAUUUGUGUUUGGUAGUUUUUACUGUCGGUGAGGUCUUUGCCAUCACUUAGAUUUUUUGUUUAAUUCAGCUUUCUUCAGUAUAACGGUGGUCGCAUUCACCACAUCAACAUGUUACAAAGCACCUGGAUCGGGGUCGGAUCCAGUGACUUCAAUCAAGGGAAGAUGAUAAACGCUUUUGGCUUUCUUUUUCUUUAACAUUCAUCACUCUUCUGUUGCCACUGCAGACGCUGUAACACAAUGAUUUAUUGAAUGUGUACAUACUGUAUAAAGAGUUUUAAUAGGAUGAUCUGUACAUAAUGCAGAAUAAACUGUUCGACUGAAA